CGGUGCAUCGAGAGCGCGGAAUUUCUCUCGUAUAUAUAAUCGGUUUCCUACAAACUCGUCCCCUUUUCCAUUUACAAGUGAAACGCUUUCAAUGUAGAAAGUUCUCGACGAUUCUGCUUCGAGUAUUCUUUUUUUCGUUUUUUUUUUUUUUUUUUCUUCUUUUCUGCAGUUUCCUUUUGCACCAGUCUUACGAUUCGUUCUUCGUAUCGCAGAAUUGUCAUAUCUACUACUGUGAGAAUCACCGUUUUGAGGACGUGCCAGUGCUUCACAAUGGGGAAAGCAAAAUGCGCCAAGAAAUAAAAUAAUCACACUCAAGUGUUCCAUUUUGACUUUUCUUCGCCAUUUUGAUUUUUUAUAAUCCAAUUUUCUAUAAGCAGCUUAUGUUUUACAUAUUAUUAUUCUUCAUAAUAUUUUCCUAUUUAAUCUUUCAAUUUUCAGUUUUUCAAAAUUUUGUAAAACAUUGAUAUUAUUCUCUCAAAUUCAACGUCGAAAGUUGUUUCUACACUUUCUCGCACUUUUCUUUUUUGUUUAAAUCUCUGAUAAAUUUAGAUAAUGAACGGGAGAUAUAACGUGCCAACAUUCCAUGCCAAUACAAUGAACAUUUUAUCAUAACUGAUCAUGCACGAAAAUACGAUAAUGCAUUAUCAACAAUUAGAAGCAUGUAAGCUAUAUUAUCAUGCAAUAAUCAAAAUAGUGUAUUAUAAGCUAAAGCUAAUAAAUUUAAAUUAAUAAUAACUUUUUUACGCAUAAUAAAAAUCAACAAUGAAAUAAAGAACAAUAAUAUAUGCAAUUUUUAUUUCAUCGAAGAAAUCUUUAAAAACCUUAAAACAUCUUUAUGAUCUUAAAUUUUAUAUUACAUAAAGAAAAAGAAAUAAGAAAAUUCAAUUUUGAUCGAGUAUCGUAUUUUCGAAACACGAUGGUAGAGAUCGUUGCGCGGUCUGCCUAAAGUCAUCGGCCAAGGUAUAUAUAUGAGAGAAUCUUCUGCGCGUUCCCGGAGUAUGCAGGGGGUGGCGAGUCGACAGAUCGAGAGAGAAAGAGAGAGCGCUAGAGGAACCGGUGUGUAUGUGAUGUGCUGCUGCUGCUGCUGCGACUCUUCAGUGUGAGAACGAGAGAGAGAGAGAGAGAGCAAUGAUAACCGAUGAAGAGAUGGAAGAAAGAGUGAGCGCGCAGAGCGAACGCGAGAGAAGCACCGGUACAGAACUGAGUGACAGAGAAAGGAACAGAGGGAUAGAAAAAGAGGAAUGGACAAAGAGAGAAUGAGUGUAAAGGGAGGGGAGGCGGCGUGCGCGUGCGAGAGAGAUAGAAAAUCCGGUUGCCUGGCGACGAGCCAUCUAGUUCGAUCCCAGCCAGCCGACCAGCCACCCUCUGGGCGCAGGAGCAACGAGAAAAGGCGACUACCUUUUGCCUUCGUUUCCUUUUUCUUGUCAUUCUUAACUUUCUUCAAUCGCGCCUUUGUUUCCCUGGUCUGGUACAUAAUGAAGAAUUUUCUUGUUCAAUCCUUGUUCUUUUUUGUAUUAACAGAAUAACGUAGUGUAUGAACGAAUAUCGGUGAUAGGUUUCGAUUAAUUCGGGAAGAGAAAAGUGCACACGUUUCAAGGCCGAAACGAGCGGUCGGUUGGUCGAUCGGUCGAGUGCGUUGCGUGUAAGCGCGUGUGAUGUGUUGAAUGGUGAAAAGAUCGUUUUGAAUAGUGUUUCGUUUUGUCACGAAAGGAUGAGAAUGGUUCUUGAAAUAGAGAAUCAUCGUGGAGGGAGGCAGAUAUAAAAAGAAGAAAUCAAGAAACGGAAGAAGAAAGAGUGGUCCAUUAUCGGAGACAAAGUAAACGGUCGAAUCAGAGAAAGACACAUAAAGACACGGUGUGUGCACAUAUGUAUAUAGUGAAUAUACACACAUGUUCGAAGAAAUAAAAGGGUAUUUCGAGAUGAUGUGAAAUUGAUAAUAAGAUGAUUCACGGUUUUUAUCAUAAGAUGGAGAUCAAUCAAAUUUUCAAUAUUGUUCUUCGAUGGAACAUUACAAUAAUGCGGAGAAAUGUUUGCUCGAAAUAAAAAUGUGCACAUUUUUCAAGUUGUUAGGGCAUUACGAUAACUUGAAUCCAUGCCGAUUAAUCGAAUCGUGAAUCGAAUUGAUUCUACAAUUGACAAAAAAGAAUUAAACUGUUCCGGUAAUGGUGAUACAUCACCAGAGGAACUUUCUACGAAGAAGUGCGAGGAUCUUAUCUAUAGAAAUAAUCUUAGAAAUUUUAUGCGUUUGAUCGAAUCAAGUUUCGCUCCAGAUAACCGCUGAACGAUAAUAUUAAUCGAUAAUCAACGAAAAACUCGACUUUACUCGAUAAUUUAUAUAUAUUUUAGGAAUAUUUUUAAAAAAGAACAGAGGCAAAAGGUGGCCCAUUGAAAGAACUUGCCAACUAUAACGGAUCUCGUGUCUUUUUUCAUCCUGUUUCCCAUCUUUCUUCGUUACUCUUGUUACUCUCCCUCUAUCCUUUUUACUCUGUCCCUCCCUCUUCCUCUCUCUCUCUCUCUCUCUCGCGCGCGUUCUUGCUCUUGCUCGUUACAGCCGAUCAACGCGAAUCGAGACCUACGCAUAGUCCAGCAAUAUGUUCCAGUGCAUUAUUCAGCAGAGGAACGGAUGGAUUCAUCCUUAUAAUCCCGACACUAAGGACGUUCUUCCAGAUGCAAGUUCGCCAUUCGAAGCCAAGGAAUGUCAAAGAUCCCAGCGAGCGGUUCAUAUGCGAGCAGCGUGUUUCAAGAAUUACCAAGAGUUGUAAUCGAAUUAUGGUAGCUCAUUGAUUGCAGUUAUUCAAUAAUAAUUUGAGAAAAAAAUACGUGUGUAUUCGUGAUUUGAUAAAAAUACGAAUUUAUUUCACGCGCGCGCACGUGUGUAUAUAAUAUAAACACAAGAAAACGAAAAAAAGGACGCGAUAAAAACGGACAAAAGGAAUAGUGAUUUGUGAACACGAGGAAUAAUCGACGGUGGACCAGAGAGAGUGGUGGACAGUUGGAACGGGGAAAAAUGUUCAAGCUAGCUGGACGACAGGAAUGGGAGGCUUUGACGAAAGACAUACGAUUGCAGCUGAACGAACAGCUGAGAUGUCUCGACAUCCGGAUGGAGGCCCAAGUCGCCAUCGUGGCGGAGCUUCAGGAUUUUUUUCGAAAGAGAGCCGAGCUCGAGCUCGAUUACAGCAAGUCUCUCGACAAGUUGGCCAGAAGCAUACAGCUCAGACACAAGGAGCAAAAGCAAAAGCGAGAACAGUGGCCCCUAUUCUCGAGCUAUGCUUGCUGGCAGCAACUCAUCAACGAGACUAAAUCCUUAAGCAGAGAUCAUGCAGCUUUGUCAGAAGUAUAUAGCACACACCUUGUUGGUCGUCUUAAUCAAGUGAUGGAAGAUGUUCAACGGAUAUACAAACGUUGCCGUGAAAUAGGUUAUGAGACGCACGAGGAAAUUCUUCGAGUAUUGGAUGAGCUGCAUACCACGAUGAAAACGUAUCAGACAUACCAGACCGGGUCACGGCAAGCGGAAACGAAGCUUCGCGUCGCGGAACAGCAGCGUAGCAAGCUCGAGGUAGCAAAUGCUCCUCCAGAGAAACUCGCGCGCAGCAAGAAAUAUAAACUCAUGGAAAAGGAAGUGAACAAGAGGAAAGUUAAAUAUCAAGAGGCGAAGCUGAAAGCGUUGAAAGCAAGAAACGAGUACAUUUUAUGUCUUGAAGCAUCCAAUACGACAAUACAUAAGUAUUUCGUGGAUGAUCUUUCGGAUCUUAUCGAUUGUAUGGAUUUCGGUUUUCACAAUUGUAUCGCCAGAGCUUUGCUGAUGCAUUGUAGCGCAGAGGAAGGUAGACAACGUUCACUACAAUCUGGUGCCGAACAAUUAGCUGCUUGUGUUGGUGCUCUAGACUCGAGGGCGGAUAAACAAAGAUUUCUGGAAUCUCAUCAUGCUGCUUUCAUGAUUCCUAAGAAGUUCGAAUUCCAAGGACAACGAGGGGAUGAGGUACUCGAAACUCCCGAACCGGAACUUCAAAAAUUGUUGCAUGCUGAGAUGGAACAACGAUUGGCUCAAUUACAACAAAGAUUAACUUCCUUGAGAACAGAAUCUGAAGAAGUUUGGAAAACUUUGGAAACAGCAGAAGCUAGUUUAUUGGAAAUGUUAACUGCAAAAGACUACGAUUGUUCAAGAUAUUUUGGAGAAAACGCUGUUCCCACUUCCAGACCACCGGAAACCGUGCAAAUCAAACUUAGAGCCGACAGACAGGAAACUGAAGAAUUCUACCUCACGAAAUUCAGGGAAUAUCUUCUUGGAACGUCAAGAAUAGCUAGGUUAGAUGCAAAGCAAGAAUACAUUCGGCAGAGCCUAUUGGAUGGUUCUACUGCUAGCCCAAAUCCAUCAAUAUCAACAACGAAACAAAAACAAGCUCGAAGAAAACGAAUUGGUAGAUUGCAAAUGAAUGGUCAACCAAAAUUAUUUGGUGGCUCAUUAGAAGAAUAUUUAGAAAGCACGAAUCAAGAAAUACCUUUAAUCAUGAAAAGCUGUAUCAGAGUGAUUAAUCUGUAUGGUCUUCAUCAUCAAGGUAUUUUCCGAGUCUCUGGCUCCCAGGUGGAAAUUAAUAAUUUCCGAGAAUGGUUUGAGAGAGGAGAAGAUCCAUUGGCUGAUGUCACAGAUGCAUCAGAUAUAAACAGUGUUGCUGGUGUAUUGAAGCUCUAUUUGAGAGAAUUGAGAGAACCACUGUUUCCUAUUAUUUAUUUUGAACAUUUAAUGGAACUAGCGCAAUUAGAAUCAAAGCAAGAAUUCGUUAACAAAAUGAAAGAAUUGAUUUCCAGUCUUCCAAGACCAGUUGUCAUAGUAAUGCGAUACCUAUUUGCUUUUCUCAAUCAUCUUUCAGAAUUUUCGGAUGAAAAUAUGAUGGAUCCAUAUAAUUUGGCAAUUUGUUUUGGUCCCACAUUAGUACCUGUUCCAGAAGAUAAGGAUCAAGUACAAUAUCAAAAUCAAGUAAAUGAACUCAUCAAGAAUAUUAUCACAUUCUGCGAAGAAAUAUUUCCAGAAGACAUUGGAGGUACUCAAUAUGAAAAAUACAUCAGUAGAGAACCUGAUGACGUAGAUGUAGGAGACUCGCCGACAGAUCAAGCCCAGGAAGAUAUGGAUUCUGAAGUGUAUCCAUCCGAGGAUGAAUCAGAAAACCUUGAAGCCACAGCGCAAUUCGAUUUCAAUGCAAGAUCCGAAAGAGAGUUAAGCUUCAAAAAGGGAGAUACCUUGACUCUAUACACACAAGUCAGUAAUGACUGGUGGCGAGGUGCCUUGGCCGGUAGAGAGGGGCUUAUUCCCGAUAAAUAUAUAAUGAUCAAAAUAAAGGACGAAGAACGUGAAAAAGAACUCCUGAAAUCGUCCAGCGAAGAAUCAAUGCGAAGAAGGACUUCUAGCUCUGCCGACAGUGUUCUUUCAAGUAACAAUUCACCACUGAUGGGACCAUCUGGAAAUCCAAAUACUUGGCCUCCUGGUACUACAUCUGAUAUGCAAUCUACCACGAUUGCAACAGAAAAUAGCAGUAACAGCGGUGUUAUCCCAGCAGUCGUGACAAAUGUCCCUUGCAUCUCGUCAACACAACCAAUCAUCAGUCGAGAGGAAUGCGCAUCUCGAAUGGCAAAAGUAUCAACACCUGAAAAAGAAAAACAUAUCUUCGUUACCGAUCAUCGUAUAGAUCCUAUGUCAGUAAUUAUCACUAAUAACACGGAGAAUGAGAAGAUAUUAGAAUUUAGUGAAUCGUCACAACAACAACGUAACGAAGAUAGCGAAGAAACAGAACGUAUUUCUUUGAUGAGCUUGGAUAGUGGAACAAAGCGUGGAACAAGUAGGAAACAACAUUGGAAAUCUCAGAGUAUGGGUGAUACUGUACAACAAACAACGAAUUCUGUUCAAACUAGCAACAUUAUCUCUCAAGAGGAGGAACCGCAGGAACAACCGACGUUUUCAGCAAAUCGAGAACUUUGGCAGAGACGAGCAACAUCGCAGACACAAUUGAAUCCACCUGCACCUCCAAAUCAUAAAAUUUUUCGCACUUCUCAAGAAUUCCGUGAAAUGCGUCAAAAACAUACACCAGAUCUUGUGAUGGAUCUGCCGUUAUCUGCACAAGAUGCAAGCAAAAAAUCAGCUUCAUCAAGCAGUCUAAGCAGUUCUGAUGAAGAAACUCCCACACAACCAUCUCGUACCGAAGCAGCCACAUCGCCAACAGGGGGACCCGAAUCUCCUGAUAUGAGUACAGCCGCAGAAAGAUUUGCCAAACAAAAUCAAUGCACUUUAAAAAAGAAUACUAAGUCCAAUCCAGAUGCAUCAAAAUUGAAACGUAUAGAAACCGAGCAUGAUCCCGAACAAGAAUCUGAAGAAAUCGUUAGGUCGACUAGUUCUAAUCAGAUUUCAGAUUCGAUGUCCUUAAGAUCACCCCUUCCACCACGUUCAACACCUAAGAUAGCGGCAAAAUUUGCAGAUAUGCACUUAACAGGUGGUAGUCAGGUAUCUUCGUUCAAGCCACAAAUAAAAGUGAAGCCAACGAUCCUUAGAAAACCAGUGUUACCGUUCCCACAUCCUCAUAUGAGUCCCGAGCUCGCAAGGAAAAUUGAAAAGCAAGCGCAAAGCACUGAACAAACCAAUUAAUUGCUAUUCAGGGUAUCAUAAAGAACAAGAGAGUUUUUAGCAGCGAAGAAAUAUUUAUUUUCUACGAUCCAUGCGUGUUUGAGUAAGAUUUCCAGACGCAUAGAUUUGCCACUGACUUUCCAUUGACCAGUUACUCCGCCCAAAUCGUAAGGAUACGAAGUGUGUUAGUUACUGUACCCAAAAAUAAAGGAAAGCCGAACAGCAUCACCCCUUAAUAUGAAACGAAACACACGAAUUUAGUUGCAUAUGAAAGGUUUGAUGCUAUUCUCGGGCCGAGUUUAUUUUUUCUACAACUAUUUUCCAUUUUCGCAUAAUUUUUUUACCAAAUGACCCGCGAAACGAUGUUUCUAGUCAUCGAACGACGAUUGAAAAACGAUGCGAGAAAUGUAUGAGCGAGAAAAUACAUCGAAAAAACAUUUAAAAAAAAAAAAAAAUAAUUUCGAGGUUAAGCAGUUUUUCGUCGAGAGAGAGAGAGAGAGAGAGAGAGAGAGAGAGAGAGCGAGAGCGAGAGCGAGAGAACGAGAGAGAAUAAAAACAAAAUGAUUUUGUACGUUGGACGAUUUGUAAUUUAAUUUUUAAUUGCAAGGAAUAUUUCUUCUCAACAUAUUAUCAGUCUAAUGUUUGCAACAAACAAGUUUGAUGUUCCUUUAAAAACGCACGCGAGUAAGUAUGAGUUUAAAACAAAACAAAAAAAAAAGUCUUUCCCAGAAGUUCGUUUUUGAGAAUGAGUGAGAUGGUUUUGGGAUUUAAAUUCCGAUUAUUAUUGCUAUUAUUAUUUUUAUCAUUAUUAUUAUUAUUAUUGCUAUUUUUAUUAUUAUUAUUAUUAUUAUUAUUAUUAUUAUUAUUAUUAUAAUUAUUAUUAUUAUUAUUAUUAU